AUGGGUCAUGAAGGCGUGAAACCACAGCGUGCGAUUUUUGUUCGCGAUGGACGAGUAAUUACCACAGGAUUUACUAAGAGAUCCGAACGGCUGUACUCACUCAGGGCGCCGGAUAACCUCUCCCAACCUAUCAUAGAAGAAGAAUUGGAUACCUCCAAUGGAGUGCUGUUUCCUCUGUAUGAUGAGGAUACUGGUUUAGUUUAUCUUUGUGGAAAGGGAGACUGUGCAAUUCGUUACUACGAGGUGAACCAAGAAUAUCCCUAUAUGCACUACAUUAACACCUACACUACCAGUGAACCCCAACGAGCUGUUGGAUUUCCAGAAUAA